ACGAACUCUUUUCUUUCAAAAUGGAAUUCUUAAGAAAGAGUAGUCUAUGUGCCUUUUUAUUUAUGUUAUUUUUUUGUAGUAAUGAAGCUAAUUCCUCACAUGAAGAAUUUAGGAGGUUACAAUCAUCUAGUUCUAAAUUACUUAAAAACUUAUUUAGAACGGAAUAUCACUUUCAGCCUCCUAAACACUGGAUUAAUGAUCCCACGGGUCUAAUGAAUUACAAUGGAAUCUAUCACCUAUUUUACCAGUACAAUCCAAAAGGAGCAGUAUGGGGAAAUAUUGUUUGGGCUCAUUCAGUAUCCAUUGACAUGAUUAACUGGAUCAAUUUAGAGCCAGCAAUUUAUCCAUCUGAGGUGUUUGAUAAAUAUGGUACUUGGUCUGGAUCAACCACUAUUCUUCCGGGGAAUAAACCUGUUAUUCUCUACACAGGAAUUGUGGACGAUAACCAAACCCAAGUACAAAAUUAUGCAAUACCAGCUAACUUAUCUGAUCCAUUUCUUCGUAAGUGGAUCAAGCCCGAUAACAACCCGUUAAUAGUAGCUGAUGAAAGCAUCAACAAGACCAAAUUUCGUGACCCAACUACAGCUUGGUUAGGUCAAGAUGGGCGUUGGAGAAUGGUUGUUGGUAGCCUUAGAAAAAACGAGAGAGGAUUAGCGAUAAUGUAUCGGAGCAAGGACUUCAUGAAAUGGACAAAAGCCCAACACCCACUCCAUUCAUCUGCUAAGACUGGAAACUGGGAAUGUGUUGAUUUUUUUCCAGUAUCGUUGGAGAAUACAGAUGGUUUGGACACAUCUUUUAAAGGCGAAAAAAUUAAACACGUUCUGAAAGUUAGUCUGGAUGUUACUAGAUUUGAUUAUUACACAAUUGGUACCUAUGACACGAAAAGAGAUAGAUACAUUCCAGACGAUACAAUGAUUGAUGGAUGGCAUGGGUUGAGAUUGGAUUAUGGUAAUUUUUAUGCAUCACGAACCUUUUAUGAUCCUAUGAAGAAUCGACGAGUUUUGUGGGGAUGGACAAAUGAAUCAGAUGUUUUUCCAGAAGAUUCCAUCAAGAAGGGAUGGUCUGGAAUUCAGGCUAUUCCUCGUAAAUUAUGGAUUGAUCCUAGUGGUAAACAUUUGGUUCAAUGGCCUAUUGAAGAAUUAGAAAUGUUAAGAAAGGAAAAGGUUGAGCUAAGAAAUUAUGAGUUAAACAAGGGAGAAAAUGUGGAAGUUCAAGGAAUUACACCUGCACAGGUUGAUGUUGAAGUUACAUUUUCCUUUUCAAGCUUGGAAAAUGCAGAGGAAUUUGAUCCUAGUUGGGUUGAUCUUUAUGCCCAAGAUGUAUGUGCCAUUAGGGGUUCAACUGUUCAAGGUGGACUUGGUCCAUUUGGACUACUAACACUGUCUUCUGAAAACUUGGAAGAGUAUACACCUGUAUUCUUCAGAGUGUUUAAAACCCAAGAUAAAUACAAGGUUCUCAUGUGUUCUGAUGCCUCAAGGUCAAGCGUUAGAAAUCAUGAAAAGAUGUAUAAACCAUCUUUUGCUGGAUACGUUGAAACAAAUCUAACUGACAAAAGAUUAUCACUGCGGAGUCUGAUUGACCAUUCCGUGGUUGAAAGUUUUGGUGACGGUGGAAAGACAUGCAUUACAUCAAGGGUCUAUCCAGCAUUAGCCAUCUAUGGCGACACACAUUUGUUUGCUUUCAAUAAUGGUACUGAGACAGUCAAAAUUGAGACUCUUGACGCCUGGAACAUGGCUAAAUCCGAGAAAUGGAUUUAAAACAUAGUGCUUUUAGUUUUUCUUUCUCUUUCUGUGUUGGCCUUUUUUUUUUUGGAUGAGAACUUGUACAAGUUUUCUAUUUCUAGUAAACCAUGAUUAAAAUGCAAUUAUCUUUCUAUGGA